CUCUCAAUAGCAAGAAGUUGCUGAGAUUCCUGGGAUAAAUCCCUUGGAACGGGGAAUGGAAAACAGCUGCCUGCUUGCUCUCUCUAGCUGAGGAUUGGGGGUGGGUUGGAAUUUUCUGUCCAAGAAAGAAGAGAAAAAAAAAAUUCCAGCCACGUUGGUUGGGAUGCCGUUUGUUCCCUCCCGGGCGGUGAAAGAACGUUAGGCGGAGAUCGCCCAGAGAGUAAUCACACCGGGAUUUGGGGAAACUGAACCAGAGCAGACGCCGCCACACUCAGCAGAACACUGAAGCAAAAACACUUUAAUCCAAACUACGGUGGACGGCUAAAUCAAUGCAAUUCCUCCCACCGCUUUGAGAUCGACUCGAACUAAUCCGGGGCUGCCUCAAAAAUCGCACUUUAACUGAGACUUUUUACUUUCGCGUUUUGAAGCCAACCUUUCAGAGGAAACACCAACAAUGAGUGUCCUUCCCCCAGUCAGAAGAGACCGGAUUAUCCCAGAGCUGCCCUCGUGUUUCACGAAAGAAGCUGCCCUCCACACGAAGGAUAUCUUCAACCCCAAGGUGAAGCGUGCUUGCCAUGACGACAGGACCGGCACAGUUGGGUUGAAGAUUUCUAAGAUUAUCGUGGUGGGGGAUUUGUCAGUGGGAAAAACUUGUUUAAUCAACCGUUUCUGCAAGGAUGUCUUUGACAAGAAUUACAAGGCGACUAUCGGAGUGGACUUUGAGAUGGAACGGUUCGAAGUUCUGGGAGUCCCCUUCAGUUUGCAGCUAUGGGACACAGCAGGUCAGGAGAGAUUCAAGUGCAUCGCAUCGACAUACUACAGAGGUGCUCAAGCAAUAAUAAUCGUGUUUGAUUUGACUGACAUCGCAAGCCUGUCUCAUGUGAAACAAUGGUUAAAAGAUGCUCUCAAAGAAAAUGACCCCACCUCUGUGCUCUUGUUCCUCGUCGGGACAAAGAAGGAUGUUAGUCCUCCAGCCCAGUAUUGCCUGAUCGAGAAAGAUGCUAUCAAAGUAGCCAAGGAAAUCAAAGCUGAAUAUUGGGCCGUGUCUUCCCUAACAGGUGAAAACGUGAAUGAGUUCUUCUUCCGAGUUGCCUCGUUGACCUUUGAAGCCAAUGUGCUGGCUGAGCUGGAGAAGACUGGCCCACGGAGGAUCGGAGACGUUGUCCGCCUCAACAAUAACGAUAAAAGCCCCUAUAGGCAUGGGAAGAAAUCCAAGCCGACCUGCUGCCAGUGAGUGGGAUGGCCAACCAGACAGCUUACCUGUUGCACUAGAAUUCCUACUUUAACCAAAGAUUUGUCUGACGCCAGUAAAGUAUUGGCUCCAGUGAUCCCCUUCGUAGUAAGUCAACUUGUUAAGGCUGAUGGAACAUGGGGGGAUUUUGCAAGGGUCCUUGCUUGUGAAUUUUCCCAAAUAAUUGCUGUAAAAAAUCACUGCCAUCUUAUAUUAAUCGCACACCUCGCUCUCUGUACCAAGGGGAAGAAAUAACGGUACGAUUUGCCAGCGCCUACUUUGAUGUCGACCGGGUCAAAUUCGUCAGUCAGUCUGUCAUCAGUUUAGUUCAUUGUCACGUGUACCGAGGUACAGUGAAAAGCUUUUUGUUGUUGCCUGCUAACCAGUCAGCGGGAAGACAGUACAUGAUCCAGGGCGGUCAC